GGGGGCCUCCAGGCCCCCUCCGCCGGCUCCCUUUCCCCCGUGCGCGGCGGGGCGCGAGAGGAAGGCCGGCCGGCUGGCUGGCGAGACCUCCCGACGGAGCCCGCCAGGCCGGCAGCAUGGGGCUGCUCUCGGACCCCUACCGCCGGCGCGCCCUCGCCCGCCUCCUGCUGCGGCUCAACACGCCCCUCUGCGCGCUGAGCUUCGCGGCCGGGCUGGGCUGGUUCCUGGGCCUGGCCUUCCAGCCCUGCACGCUGCGCGCCUACAUGUCGGAGAACGCCAUGGGCUCCACCAUGGUGGAGGAGCGCUUCGCCGCCGCCCCGCGCGCCCUCGCCUACGCCCGCCAGUUCGCCGGCCACAAGAAGGCGGCGCGGGGCAUGCCCGUGGCCUGGCUGGAGAAGACCAUGUGGAACCUGGGCCUGGAGGUGUACAAGCAGACCUUCUCCCGCACGCUGCCCUUCCCGGAUGAGCUCCGAGAGAGAUACAUGGUGAAGGGGACCAAUGUCUACGGGAUCCUGAGGGCUCCCCGGGCGGCCAGUACGGAGUCUUUAGUGCUGAGCGUUCCCUGCAGUGAGGGCCAACACAACAAUCAGGCUGUGGGACUGAUGCUGGCACUGGCGUCCUACUUCCGAGGUCAGAUCUACUGGGCCAAGGAUAUCAUCUUCCUCGUGAACGAGCACGACCUCAUUGGCAUGGAGGCCUGGCUGGAGGCUUAUCACGACGUGAACGUCACAGACGUCCUGUCAUCAGGGAUGCUGGGCCGAGCUGGAGCCAUCCAAGCCGCCAUCUCCUUGGAGCUGAGCAGCGACGUGAUCACCAGCUUUGAUGUCGCUGUGGAGGGCUUAAAUGGGCAGCUGCCCAACUUGGACCUGGUCAACCUCUUCUAUGCCUUCUGCCAGAAGAGCGGGCUGCUCUGCACCAUUCAGGGCAAGCUGCAGCGCUCCGACUGGGACUCGCUGCCCGCGUACUUGCACUCCCUGCAGACGAUGCUGCUGAUGGUGCUCAAGCAGGGCUCCGGCCGGCCUCAGGGCGACCACGGCCUCUUUCUGCGGUACCACAUUGAGGCAAUCACGGUGCAUGGCAUCAACAGCUUCCGCCAGCACAAGUACGACAUGGGCACUGUCGGCAAAACCCUGGAGGGCAUGUUCCGGAAGCUGAACAACUUGCUGGAACGCCUGCACCAGUCCUACUUUUUCUACCUGCUGCCUUCGCUCUCCCGCUUCGUCUCCAUUGGGGUCUACAUGCCGGCCUUUGGCUUCCUCAUCCUCAUCCUCGUCCUGAAGGCUCUGGAUCUGUGGAUGAAGCUAAGUCGAUGCGAUGUGGACCCUGCUGAGCAGCCUUGCGAUGGAGACCCUGUUGGCCCUGUGGCGAGCGAGGAGCCCAAACCGAGCCUGCUGACGCUGGUCCCUCCCCUGCUGAUCUGCCACGCCACAGGGCUGGCCCUCUACUCGCUGCCCAUCUUGGGGCUACGCAUGGCCACACGCCACUUUCCAGUCUCCGAGUCAGAGGCCGUGGUGCUCACCGCCAUUGCCAUCUAUGUGGCUGGGCUGGCACUGCCCCACAACACACACAGGGUCCUGACGGGGGCCGGAAGCGACCGUGGCUGGAUGAUGCUGAAGCUGCUGUCCCUGCUCUACCUGGCCAUGCAGCUCGGGUGCAUCGCCCUCGUCAACUUCUCCCUGGGCUUCUUGCUGGCUGUCACCCUGGUGCCCGUGGCUGCCGUUGUCCAGCCCACGGGGCCCAAGCCCCUCCAGGCCGUGCUCCUGGUGCUGGUCACGCCGGCCGCCACGCUGCUCUUCUGCAUCUUCCUGUACCAGGAGCUCGUUGAGUGCCCCAUCACAGUCCUGGAGGGCUGGCAGCAGUUCCUGCAGGCCAUUGCCGAGGGGCUGCUGGACCACCAUCUCUACGGCUCCAUCGUCUUCCCGCUGGUGGCUCUCUUCGUCUACCCCUGCUGGCUCCUGCUGUGGAACGUGCUCUUCUGGAAGUAGCUCUCCCUGGCGCAGCCAGAAGAGCGCAUGAAAGGGGCUUGCCUGGCCCUUCCCACCCAGGACCGCCCCAGGCGAGCCGGUGGCCGUGCCCCUCUGGUGCGAGCAGAGGCCUCUUGACCAUUGCUGAGUCUGCAGAGAGGCACGUUACGGGCAGAGGGGGCCCACAAUGCCUCCUGGAGCUACAGCGCGUUCCCUGCUUCGCCACAGCUGCUGCCCGGGAGUGUUUGUGGACUAGGCCAGCACCGAGGCAAUUGCUGGGAGAGCUGAGCAUGAAAGGGCCAACCUCAUCCCGGAGGGUCCGAUUCCGGCCCUUGCAGGUGGAGGCAGCCAGAGUUCCAGCAGGUGAGGUGCUUUAGCCAUCCCCCGGAGGAGGGGUGUGGUCAAAACGCUCCUCUGGAGGCAAGAGGCCCACUCUGGUGCGCAACGCGGGUCCCUGUUGCUGCUCAGGAAGGGCUCUCUCUCUCUCUCGGGCACUCCAGCUGCUGAGGGUGUGUUGGGGGAGGGGGAGGGGGGAAGGACAGCCUUUGGCAUGGAAAUAAAGAGGGAUGGCUGUGACACGAGGCUCGCGUUCCGUUGU